AUGAACAUCGAGAGAAUAAAGAAUAUUUCCUUUAUUCUUCUUUGCCAUGGCGUAAUUAUAUUAAUAUCCUUUGCUAUAUAUUUUAUAUCUCGAAAUGGGCACGUCACGGUUGAUGUGGGAACAGCUUCUCUUCUAAUAUCAGUAGUUGAUAAAGUAACAAUAUCGAUAUUAACCGUUGCGUUUAUUCAUCUAACGACAAGAAAAUGGAAAAACAUAAGAGACAGAGGAUCUUUAAUAAGAAUAGUAGAAUCUAUUGAUUCUAUAAAAUCCGGAGUUGUAUCAUGCGUUACAAAUAUAAGUUCUAUUGAAGUUUCGGUGUAUUUAUUGUUGGCUUUAUCAUCAACGGCGACUUCGUGGGGAUUGUCCAAAGGAAUAGGUACAAGCAAAAUUAGCGGUACAUGCGUUUAUAAUGAAGGAAAAACACAUGCUUUGAUAAAUUGUACAAGCUUUCGCACUUGUGGAUUAUAUUCGUACGCUAACGGUGGUCUUGGUCCGAUAGGAAUUGUAAGAACAACUACAUUAGUGAAAAACGGAAUCGAUAACAAUAUUACAGUUUUGGGAAAUCCAAGUUAUGCUGUUGCGGCACAUGUUGGAAAAGAUCUGUUAUUUUCUACAGAUGAAGUAAGUAUUUACAAUCUUAGCGCGAUUGUAGUAAAUGCUUCUUGUAAGACGACUGAAAAAUUUGCUGGAGAAUCAUUGGCAACUGAUCCAUUAAUAAAUAUGACAAGCUUAGAUGACAACUUCAAUUACUAUUUCAGCCUUCCUACUAUAUCGGAUCUCCAAGGAUUAUAUGUCUUGGAUAGAAAUCUCCUUGUUUUUGCUAUUGUUUUAGCUGAUCGAACGACAAAUAAUAUUAGUGAAAUUCAAGUAGGAUGGCUGAAUCACACACAGGUAACUCUAAGAAGUAAUAUAGUAACUCUUGCACAAUGCAAUUACACAGCAAGAAUCGGAUUGGUGGAUAUUACCCAAAAAAAUAAUUCAUUACAAAGUUCGAUAAAAAAUUUGAAACCCAUCGACACUGAAAAUGUUAUGGUAUUAAAUGUUCAAAUGAGCGGAUUUAAUUUUGAUGCUUUGACCAUAUCAAAUGGAAAUUCCAAUCCAGAGAUUGAUCCUUACAAAUAUGAUGGAAGAUACAUUUCUGGAUUAGAAACAGACUUUGCUAAAUACGUAGCCGCAUCGUCAACAGUUCUCGUAGAUAAACUAUUAGCACAGGGUUAUGAUUUUAUGUAUACCAAUGACACAUUUUCGGUAAAAUCUUGUGAUAGUAUUGAAGCGACGAUUAUACAAUACUGGCCUUUAUUGUAUGUUUGGUUAUCUAUUAAUAUUAUUUCAUUGUUAAUAUUGAUAUUCUUUACGGCAAAGAGGAUAGCAGAGAUAAGCAUUACCUGUUCUGGAGUAGAAUUGAACACUUUGAUAUGGCAAUCGUUGACAACAAAGUGGGGGUUGGCAAGAUUAUUGUCGAAAGGUCACUGGAAUACGGAUCAAAAAGAUGCGUUUUUAUCAAAAAUGGACGUGAUACCAGAAAGAUUGGAAGCUUCGAGGAACAAUUUUGGAUUGACUUCUUUGGACCGGGAAAAUGAGAUUUAUUAA